GAGCCACCCCACCCGGAGCUGGCCUGGCUUGCCCACCCCAUCCCCGGGAUGACCACUGCCGGCCGGGCCAAUCCCUACAGCAUUGUGUCAUCAGAGGAGGACGGACUGCACCUGGUUACCAUGUCGGGAACCAAUGGCUUUGGCAAUGGCAAGGUGCAUACACGGCGCAGGUGCCGAAACCGCUUUGUCAAGAAGAACGGCCAGUGCAACAUUGAGUUUGCCAACAUGGAUGAGAAGUCGCAGCGCUACCUGGCUGAUAUGUUCACCACCUGUGUAGAUAUCCGCUGGCGCUACAUGCUGCUCAUCUUCUCACUGGCCUUCCUUGCCUCCUGGCUACUAUUUGGAGUCAUCUUUUGGGUCAUUGCUGUGGUCCACGGUGAUCUGGAGCCUGCUGAGGACCGUGGUCGCACGCCCUGUGUGAUGCAGGUCCAUGGCUUCAUGGCAGCCUUCCUCUUCUCCAUUGAGACACAGACCACCAUUGGCUAUGGGCUGCGCUGUGUGACGGAGGAGUGCCCAGUGGCCGUCUUCAUGGUGGUGGCUCAGUCUAUUGUGGGCUGCAUCAUCGACUCCUUCAUGAUUGGUGCCAUCAUGGCCAAGAUGGCCAGGCCCAAGAAGCGGGCGCAGACGCUACUGUUCAGCCACAAUGCUGUUGUGGCGCUGCGAGAUGGCAAACUCUGCCUCAUGUGGCGUGUGGGCAACCUGCGUAAGAGCCACAUUGUGGAGGCCCAUGUGAGGGCUCAGCUUAUCAAGCCGAGGGUCACGGAGGAGGGUGAGUAUAUCCCACUGGACCAGAUUGACAUCGAUGUUGGCUUCGACAAGGGCCUUGACCGCAUCUUCCUGGUGUCACCCAUCACCAUCCUGCAUGAGAUCGAUGAGGCCAGCCCGCUGUUUGGCAUUAGCCAGCAGGACCUGGAGACAGAUGACUUUGAAAUUGUAGUUAUUCUGGAGGGCAUGGUGGAGGCUACUGCCAUGACUACACAGGCCCGAAGCUCCUACCUGGCCAACGAGAUCCUGUGGGGUCACCGCUUUGAGCCUGUACUCUUUGAGGAGAAAAACCAGUACAAGAUCGAUUACUCACACUUCCACAAGACCUACGAGGUACCCUCCACGCCCCGCUGCAGUGCCAAGGACCUGGUGGAGAACAAGUUUCUACUGCCCAGCGCCAACUCCUUCUGCUAUGAGAAUGAGCUGGCCUUCCUAAGCCGUGAUGAGGAUGAUGAAGCAGAUGAAGACCAGGACAGCAGUAGCCCUCAGGCCAGGCAUGACUUUGACAGACUCCAAGCUGGUGGGGGUGCCCUUGAGCAGCGGCCCUACAGACGGGAGUCUGAGAUCUGAGCCACUGUUGGCCAAGAUGCAGCAUCCACUCAGCCAAGGAGAGGCCCACAUCCUGUGAGGGCUCCGGUUUUGAGCAGAAUGGGCAAGGUGUCCCAGUUGCAGACUCAGUAGCACUUUAGAUGUUUUAUGUUCUUUAUGAUGGCCUUGGAAGUUUGGCGGGGAAGUGGGCAGCUGGAGCUGGUAGCCC